AUGGAGUCCAACCUGCAGGGGACAUUCCUGUUGAACAACACGCCGUUGGCUCAGUUCUCAGAGAUGAAGGCCCCGGUGUGCCAGUACUCCAUGCAGAACUCCUUCUACAAGCUCAGCCCUCCGGGGUUGGGCCCCCAGCUGGCUGCCGGGACCCCCCAUGGGAUCACAGACAUCCUGAGCAGGCCUGUGGCCACGCCGAACAGCAGCCUCCUCUCCAGCUACCCCCACGUGGCAGGCUUCGGUGGACUGGGUUCCCAGGGGGUCUACUAUGGCCCCCAAGUGGGGAAUUUUUCCAAGGCUGGGAACGAGUACCCUACCCGGACCCGGAACUGCUGGGCGGACACAGGACAGGACUGGCGAGGCGGGCGGCAGUGCAGCAACACCCCAGAUCCCCUGAGUGACAGCAUCCACAAGAAAAAGCAUACCCGGCCCACAUUCACGGGGCACCAAAUCUUUGCCCUGGAGAAAACCUUCGAGCAGACCAAGUACUUGGCUGGUCCUGAGAGAGCAAGGCUGGCAUACUCACUGGGCAUGACUGAGUCACAGGUCAAGGUGUGGUUCCAGAACCGGAGGACCAAGUGGAGGAAGAAGAGUGCGCUGGAGCCCUCAUCCUCCACGCCGCGAGCCCCCGGGAGUGCUGGCGCGGGCGGGGACCGCGCGACCUCCGAGAACGAGGACGACGAGUACAACAAGCCGCUGGACCCCGACUCCGAUGACGAGAAGAUACGGCUGCUACUCCGCAAGCACCGCGCCGCCUUCUCGGUGCUCAGCCUGGGCGCGCACAGUGUCUGA